AUGGCCUUUAUAAACUACAUUAAGGGAGACUUAUUCUCUCAUUUGCCUCAUACGAAGGAUGCUGUAUCAAUCUUUGCCCAUUCAUGUAAUUGUCAAGGAGCCUGGGGUGGUGGGAUAGCUGCGGUCUUCAAACAAAAGUACCCUUUAGCAUACAAAAGUUACCGUGACCAUUGUCUUGCUUUGGAAGAUAGCAGGGAGUUACUUGGAACUACAUAUUUGUGCCCCACCAGAUCUCUGGAGCCAGGGAACAAGAAUAGGGAAACGCCAAUCUACAUAGCAUGUUUGUUCACAAGCAACUUUUCAGAAUCACCUGAAGAAAUAGUAGAGUACACUAGCAGGGCAAUGAAUGAUCUUGACCAACAGAUCAAGGAGCUUCAAGUACAAUUUGAAAUCACCACCACAGAUUCUAAAGCCUUGGUCAUCAAUCUUCCCAAGAUCAAUUCUGGUAUUUUCCGUGUACCAUGGGAGGAAACAGAAGCUGUAUUGAAGGCUAUGAAAGACAACAUACAUUUUAAUGUCUAUGUUGUUUAA